AUGGCGAGCGGCUGGGCGACUUCACCACCUGGUUCCAGCGGCGCAAGCCGAGGAGCGGGGCAAGGCUUUGGGCUCACAGGAGCACCUAACCACCUCGACUCCAUCAAGCGAGGUUGGGAUUAUCAUCCGGAAGAGCACCGCAACCUCCCUCCCACAGGGUUGCCAUCCUCUGUGCAGACGCUGGCGGCGAGUGGGUCAGCUUCUCCUCCCGGGUCGUUUUCUUCGACCCAGCCGUUGCUGGCGCCGGCCUCGCCGGCGGCACCCGGCGGGAGCAACGUGCGGAUCUCCGUGCCGCAGCUGUUUGAUGGUCGGUUGGGGCUGAUCAUCCAAAACUGCUGGAUCUCUGCGAUUAGCAAUCCACAGGCUGCGCAGUACGGCUGGCAGGUGGGUGAUCACAUUCUGCAAGUGAAUGGGCACCCGGUGUCAAAUAUGCAGCAGCUCUCGGAGGAAAUCAGGCGAGCGAUGAACUCACAUCAGGCGGUCUCCCACCCCUUGAUCUUUGACGUCUUUCGUUCGAGUGCUGCACCUUUGUCAGCUCCGACGACGCGGAAGGAACGCUGGGACUGCUGCAAUGUUUGUGACUUCACCGACUCCGCUGCAGUGUCCGGCUAUGGCGGCCCAAUACAUGCCCCGCCAGCCUAUGGUGGCCCAAUGCCGGCCCCACAGGUGGCGAGGAAGCAAAGGUUUGAAUGCUGCGGUGCAGAUGGUGCAAAUGGGACACUUCCGACAGCAGCAGCCCCGCCAGCUGCUACUCCAAUGCAGGCACCCUGUGCACCUUGUCCGGGCAUGGUGCCACGUCGUCGAGCUUUGUGCUGA